AUGUUUAAAACUAAGAAAACAAAAUGUUAUCUAUUAUUAUUAUUUUUAAUUUUAAAUACAAUAUUUGAACCAAUAUUUUCAAAAAGAGGUGGUGGAGGUUUUUCACUAGGAAGAGGAUCUUCUGCUGGAAGAAAAAGUAAUAGUGGUGCUGGUGGGGGAAUAUUUGGUGCUAUUAAUAGAAAUAAUAAACCACCAACAAGAAUAAAUACAAAUAGUGGUUGGGGUAAUAGAAAACAAGGAAGUGGUAAUGGUGUUUGGGCAUCUUCAGGUACAAAAGGUAAUGCUGGAAUCUUUGGGGGUAAUAGAAAUAAAGGAUAUUCUAGCACUUUUUCAAAAUCGGGUCUUGGUUCUAGAUCAAGAUCAAGUGCUUUUAAAAAUGCAAUUGUUGGUGCUGCAGCUGGAUAUUUAACAUACCAAGCAGGAAAAUCAAUAAUAAGAAAUAUAGCUGGACCAAUGAUGUGGAAUAAUAGACCAUAUUAUUGGGGUUCACAAUAUUAUCGUCCACGAACUGGUUACAAUAUGUGCCGUAUGCCUAUUCCACCAAAUGAUGAAAAUUUUGGUAACAUUUAUAAUCAAGAUGGUUCUUCACGCCCAAAAGAAAUUGUAUGGGAUUGUGGAUAUAAUGAACAUUGUUGUGGAUAUGAAUGUUGUCCAGGAUCCAGUGGAUAUGGUGGAGGAUAUAAUGGAUACUACAAUCAUGGAAUGAGAGGAUUUGGUAUAGGAGGAUUUAUAACAUUUUUAAUCUUAUUAUGUUGUGGUGGCGCUAUUAUAAAAAGAAUGUGUUUUGAUAAUAGGAGAAACAACUCCAAUACUUUUACAACUGGUAAUAAUUUUUAA